GAUUCGAUUUCCCUCUCCCUUAGCUAGCUUCUACGGUGGUGAAACAUGACGGCUCCGGGAUCGGUGCAGAAAGGAGAGGAGGAGUGGCGUGCGGUUCUAUCUCCUCAACAGUUUAAGAUUCUCCGGCAGAAAGGCACUGAAUAUCCAGGAACUGGAGAAUAUGUGGAUUUCAACAAAGAAGGAAUCUACGGCUGUGCAGGCUGCAAAACUCCUCUUUACAAAUCAACCACAAAGUUCAACGCAGGUUGUGGCUGGCCAGCAUUCUUUGAUGGAAUCCCCGGUGCCAUUACUCGAACUGCAGACCCAGAUGGUAGAAGAAUAGAGAUCAACUGUGCAGCAUGCGGUGGACAUCUUGGUCAUGUUUUCAAAGGAGAAGGUUUUGGUACUCCCACCGAUGAACGCCAUUGCGUCAACAGCGUCUCUCUUAAGUUCACACCCGCAGAGCCUUCCUUGUAAAUCAAUCUUUGGCAUAAACAGGUUAUGCUUUUUAUAUAAAUACUGUUGUGGUGGUUUCUGUUGUAUUUUAAAAAGGAAAGAAUUAUAUACAUCACCUGGGCAUUCUUUUGUCACAACUGUAUGAUUUGGAUCUAAAUAAAACCCACCCUUACUAUGAUUGUUUGUCCAUGCCUAGACCGACCUCUAAUGAGUAAUGAUGCUCAAAU